ACUCAUCUCUGGUUGAAGUGCCCAUCAGAGCUUUGGUGGCUAACGAACCCAUCUCGCCAGGUUCACGCAGUCGAAUCUGCCGCGAAAAACGAUAGUGGCAACGAUCAGGACGUCACGCAAAGUUGGCUAAGGAAUUUUUUUCAACUAGUUCCUCGAUGGUCAGACUGAUUCCUGAUGGAGCAUACCAGAAUGCGACAAGUUUGCCGUUAACGGUGCAAUAAUGAGACGUUAGAUAUAGUUAUUAAAUAAGUGCUGAAAGAGCGUAGACAAAAAGGCGCAAAAUUAAAUAACUUUUUUAAAGGUUACUUAAUUCGUAUAAUCAACAAUAUAUCCAUCUAAAAUGACUCCUCCUAUGGAAAGAAUCCAGAUUUUGGAAACAAUUGAAAAAGAUAUUAUAGUAUGUUUACAAAGUGCAGGACAAGCCUUUAUGGAACUGAGCAAAGAAAAAUCCAGUCUUAAGCAAGCUGAGACACAAACUCAUCAAUUCUUGAAAACUCUGGGACACGUAGAAUCAAAAUUAAGCGAGCAAAUAAAUUAUUUGACGCAAGUAUCAACAGGUCAACCACAUGAAGGUUCUGGUUAUGCUAGUCAAAAAGUUUUACAAAUGGCCUGGCACAGAUUAGAGCAUGCUCGGAGUCGAGUAAACGAAUUGGAACGUAUAAAAAAUAAACACCUACAUGGCCGAACAGGAAUCAGAUCUUCACAACAGCAGGUUCCUGCAUCAAAUUCCAUGCAGACAUCACAAUCAAAUACAAAUUCCUAAUUUUCAUGUGUUUUUUGUGAGAAAAAUUGAACAUUCAUAAACUUUGAGAGCAACAGUGGUUCUGAUGUUUAAUCUUGACUCACUCAUGAUUCAGGGCCAAGGAAUCUAUUUUAAAAGAUAGUGGCUGGUAUUGCAGCACAUACAUAUAUACUAAUUAAAUAUUGUCCAGUAAAUGUGACUCGCUUCCCGAAGAUUUGUAUAUUUCUAAUAAUCAUGUCUUGAUAAAUACUGAAAACAUUA